AUCACUCACAACUCAAUCACUCGCUUCAACAUCUACAACAACCUUUCACUCCACCUUCCAAAACAACCACUCAACCGCAAACAUGCAGUUCUCUCUCGCCUUCCUCGCCGCUGUUCUCUCAGCCACCAGCGUCUCCGCCGCCCCCACCGAGCAAGCUGUCAACAUGAUGGCCGCCGCUCCCCAGUGGACCAUCGAGAGCAUGCAGCGCAGCUGUGCCAAGGACGACAGCUCCUGCACCUGGAACUUCAAGAUCGACACCCACAAGGGCGCUGCCACCGCCUGCAAGUUCGUCGUCAAGGGCAGCAAGGCCUCUCAGCGCAACGGCGGCCCCGUCAAGUGCGGCGACUACACCGUCACCUCUGGCUGGAGCGGCCAGUUCGGCCCCGGAAAUGGAUUCACCACUUUCUCUGUUGUUUCUUCCAAGCGACAGAUUGUCUGGCCUGCUUAUACCGAUAAGCAGGUCCAGGGAGGAAAGGUUGUUAAGCCUGAUCAGUCUUAUGCCCCUGCCAACCUUCCCAACUAAGCUGAGGGCUUGGUCGAUGAUGAGUGUCAGCUGGACGCCUGUACUUAGAGCGUCUGCAUGAAGACGCGGUAAUGCAUAAUGUGCGGCAAUACAUAAUGAGAUUCUGUUCAAUAUUAUACAAGUUCACCAAC